CCAAGGGAGAAGGAGUAACUGUCAGCUGGUGCUCAUGUACAUGCCUACCUCUGAAUCCCUUGCCCCCAAUUCCCAAGACAGAAUUGGGGGCCUUAAGGCUUCUCCCUUUCCCACAGCACACCUACAGGCUGUCCUUUAAGUCUUAUGGAUGGGGAGAUUUUGGAGGGCACCCAGGAGGGCUUGUCUCUUUGCGCCCCAAUUGUGGCCUGCCCGAGGAUGGCAUGGGGUGAGGAGGAACUUGGGGACUAUGUGGAAGAGGAGGAAGGGGACUCCUGGUUCGGGCCACAGCUCUCACUUCCCCUACUCAACGGCGUCGAACUCCAGGUGGUGCUGCCAGGCUGCGGAGAGGCAGUUGAGCUGCCCGCUUGGGGCUUCUCCCCCGCCCCACUGGCCCAGCGGCCACAGAGGCCGCCGCCACAGCCGCAGACAGCCCUUAGGGGCGGAGCGGGUCAGUCCCUCCGCCCCCGACGGUUCCGAGGAAGCGCCGCUCCUGCCCAGCCCAGCCCCAAACCAAAUCUGGAGUCCCCGCAACAGAAGCUGGAGCUUCCCGGCCUCUCCCCGGCCUCCUCCCCGGCUGCCUCCCCGGCCUCGGCAGGAUUACAGCAGGUCCCACGGCCCGGGAUGUGAGGGGGGCUCCCCUCCAGCCUCUGCCAUGGCAACCGCAGGAAGCCCCCUGCAAGGGUGUGACAUCCUAAUUGUCCACAGCCCAGAUGCCCAAGAAUGGUGUCAGUACUUGGAGAGUCUCUUCUUUUCAAAUUGGCAAGUUCGCCACCAGCACACCCUGACGUACGAACUGAAACAUGGGGCUGCCAUUUCCACUAAAGACCUGGCCCUCUUCUUCAACAGUCGAUGCAUCAUUAUACUCCUCUCAGUUGAACUAGUUCAGAACUUUUAUGAACCCAACGUCCUCUCCAGCCUUCAGAAAGCUCUGUGCCCUCCCUAUAAGGUGUUAAAGCUGUUCUGUGGGGUGCAAGACUCUGAAGAUUUCUCAAAUUUCUUUAAGGACUGGGCCAGUUGGCAGGAGCUCACUUAUGAAGAUGAGCCUGAAACCUAUGUGGCUGCUGUGAAGAAGGCUUUUUCAGAAGAUUCUGGCUGUGAUUCCAUCACGGACACUGAGGCUGAAGACGAGAAGGUUCCUCUUCCAUCUGAGAAUAUUUCCUUUUCUCAGAAGAACAAUUCCCUGGAGGCCACACCGGAGAACCUGAUGGUGGUGCAGCCAGACCGAAUUCGUUGCGGGGUGAACACAACAGUGUAUGUUAUUGUGAAAUGCAAGCUGGAUAACCAAGUGAAGACAGAAGCUGAAUUCUCUCCGAACAACUCCCCUGCAGUACGUGUGCUUGCCAAGCUGGAGAAUGAAUACACUCUUUCUGUAAAAGCCCCCAACUUAUCUUCAGGAGAUGUUUAUCUGAAGGUUUAUUCAGGUGACCUCAUGGUAUGUGAAGCAACUGUCUGCUAUUAUACUGACAUGGAAGAAAUUGAGAACUUACUGGCUAGUGCAGCCAAUCCCGUGGAGUUCAUGUGCCAGGCUUUUAAAAUUGUGCCCUACAACAUCGAGACCCUUGACAAACUUCUAACUGAAUCUCUCAAGAAAAAUAUUCCUGCAAGUGGACUGCAUCUGUUUGGGAUCAACCAACUGGAAGAAGAGGAUAUGAUGAUCACUCAGCGGGAUGAGGAGCUGCCCACCUUGCUUCAUUUUGCUGCCAAGUAUGGACUGAAAAAUCUCACAGCCCUGCUGCUGACCUGCCCUGGAGCUUUGCAAGCCUACAGUGUGGCCAACAAGCACGGUCACUACCCCAACACCAUUGCUGAAAAGUAUGGUUACAAGGACCUGCGGCAGUUCAUUGAUGAAUAUGUGGAAACUGUGGACAUGCUGAAGAGUCACAUUAAGGAAGAGUUAAUGCAAGGGGAGGAAGACAAAUCCGUGUAUGAGUCAAUGGCCCACCUUUCCACAGACUUGCUAAUGAAAUGUUCCCUCAAUCCCGGCUGCGAUGAGGAGCUGUACGAGUCCAUGGCUACUCUCUCCACAGCAUCCACUGAGGAUCUUUAUGUAGAGAUGCUUCAGUCCAGUACAUCUACCCCAAAAUCAACAGAUCCUUUUCCUACGGCCACCAAAGACUCCAUCAUUCGCAAAUUUUUGGAAGGCAACAGCAUAGGAGAUGCCCCUUUUGAGAAAGACCUUUCCCCUAGUGCUGGGGGUGAAGAAGUCUACCACACAGUAGAUGACGACCUUACCUUUGCCAUGGAUAUGGCCAAAAGACCCCCAGUGCCGGUACCUAGGCCAGACACCAGUCUUCAUGUCAACUAUCAGAUGUCCCAGAGUGAAUCCUAUAUUUCUAAAGUAUUUACAGAUAAAAGUCAAGAGCGGCCUGGAAAUUUGUAUAUUUCUAAUGAGCACAUCAGAAAAGAGACCCUGGUCAGGCCACGAAAGGAUAGACCCCAGUCAAGCAUCUAUGAUCCAUUUGCUGGCAUGAAAACUCCUGGCCAGAGACAGCUCAUCACCUUACAGGAACAAGUGAAGCUGGGCAUCGUUAAUGUGGACGAGGCUGUUCUCCAUUUCAAGGAGUGGCAGCUGAAUCAGAAGAAGAGAUCAGAGUCCUUUCGCUUUCAGCAGGAAAAUCUUAAACGGUUACGAGACAGCAUUACUCGGAGACAACAAGAGAAGCAAAAAUCCGGGAAACAAUCAGACUUAGAGAUCACAGUUCCUAUUAGACACAAUCAGCAAUUACCUGGAAAAGUAGAGUAUGGAAUCUAUGAAAGUGGCCCCAGGAAGAGCAUCGUGCCACCAAAAAACAUAAUACGCCGAGGAGACUGGAAAACAGAAAGUGCUUCGAGUACAUCAAGUAGCAAUAGUAACCGAUCCAGCACCCGAAGUGUGCUCAGUGUUAGCAGUGGUAUGGAAGGUGACAAUGAGGACAAUGAGUUCCCAGAAGUUAUCAGAAGCCGUAGCCCAGGUCCCCAGCCCAUGGAGAAACCCCCCAUCAAGCCAAUGGAAAGGCCUCCCAGGAUACCUCCUCGAGCUGCCUCUCAGAGACCUCCUAGCAGAGAGAAUUUCCAUCCACCUCCACCAGUUCCACCAAGAGGUCGCUGACUCCUCUCUACUAUCUUCUUUAUAAAAGACUUUGGAAGAAAAGCAAGUGAUUUCCAGCUCCUUAAUGAUGUCAUCACUGAUUUAAUGUUGGACUGUACUCUGAGAUUUCUCCUGGCCUUAAGAUGUAUUCCAUAGUCAGACUGUCUCUGAAGGGACUCCUUAGCUGCCAAAGACUGAGAAGGAAGGAACUUCAUUUCCUCUUAAACAAGCUGAGUGAGCAGUUCCUUGUUCCCUAGAAGACAGAAGACUUGGUUGGAAUACAUGCUUUUCACUAGGAGGUCUAAAAAAAACACCCUAAGAAUAUUCAUAAAAAUGCGGUUUUAAAUUUUAUUUUACUGACAUGUUCUUUUCAUACAUCUUCAGAAUAUUCAUACAUAAAAAGAGUUGCUAAGGAAGGAUUACAUCAAGCGAGAAUAUUCUGCACAUAAAUCUCAAGGGUUUGAAUUUCUAAUUAUCCAUUUGCUUUUAAAAAACAAUACUAUUCAGUGAACAUUUGAGUUAUAUUAGGGAAUCUAUGAACCAAGAGUAGUAGGACUUAUUAAUAAUAAUAGUGAUAAUAGCUAGGAUUUACAUAGCGCUUUAAGUUUUACAAAACAUUUUACAAUUAUCUCAUUUUAUUUUCAUAACAAUCCUGGGAGGGAGGUACUAUAUUAUUCCUAUUUUACAGAUGAGCAAAGAGAGGCAGACAGAAUCUACUCAGGGUCAAAUUUGAACUCCAGUCUUUGGGAUUUUGGGUCCAGUGCUCUAUCCACUGCACCACUUACCUGCAGAAAUGCCACUCAAUACUCUGAGUCUUAGAGAUGGGAGAGUAUCCUUGACUUCUCUGCCAUUUUCAAGCCAGAAAUGGUAGAAGAGAUCCCACAGUAAGUUUGGGUUUCUCUGUUUGCUUUCACUAUUACUGAAUUGAGCAAGAUAUCACCUUCUAUGGGAGAAGGAAAAUUGUUUUAUAUUGGGGGGGGAAUAAAAGCAUUAGGGAUUUUUUUUGCUUAUUAAUAAUGAUGGUGAUGAUAACUGACAACUAUAUAGCACUUUAUGUUUGCCAAAAGCUUUUCAUGCACUAUCUUGUGGGCCUCCCAACAACCCUGUGAGGUAAAACUACAAGUAUUACUAUUCCUAUUUUCCAGAGGAGCAAACAAAGUUUUAGAGAUCAGUGACAUGGUCACAUGACUAAUGAGUGACAGAGGUGGGGAACUGGAUGCAGGUUUAAGCAUGUUCCUAUUCUACACUUCCCAGUCAUAUAUUUCCAUCUCAAAGUAAGCAAAUUUGAGCAUCUUACUUUAUUUAAAUAGAGAAUAUAAAUCAAUAUUCUCUCUCCCUAUCCCCCACUUUGCACAUUCUUAUAAGCCAUAUUAGAGUUAUUUUAGGCUUAGAAAUCUCAUCCUGUUCCUUGAACUCUAAACCUCUUAUUUUGGGCUCUGUCAAUUUCUUUUUAACUUUGUUCCUUCCCCUAUUCAUGUUCAUAUAUCCAAAUAACAAUAGUAUUAAAAUUCUGAACAAUUA